CAGGUCUUGGCGCCUCAACGUGGCGUGGGGGUGACCGGUUCGGUAUAACCGGUGCCAAGCCUUGACCACCUCUGCCUAUACUCGUACAUCCCUCAGCGGGUGCCUUGGAGUAUGGUGGGGUUUCUCUCCGUUGAUGCCUGUUUAGCUAUUUUCUAGCGUUUCAUUCGGCGGGCUGCUACUAUGUGUAUACCUGCUCUAUCUUACCCUUGCAUUAUAGUUCAUGCCACACCGUUCUCCCUCGCGAUUUUGUCUCAUGAUAUUUGUGCAUCACUGUCUACUUGUCGAGGAUUGCUUUCACCUUUGCCCUGGCUUUUGUCAGGCCUCGGCCUUUCUUUCCCCUGAGUUACGCCGUACUUGCCACUGCCUUUGCCCAACAGUUGCUCCCGUGUUCUUUCGCUCAGGUGUCUCAUUUAAUGCAUUCGCAUUCGUCCCGCGUGAGUCGUUCUUCCUUGUCGUUCCAGGUACUAUCAAUUCGGCGUCGUGCCUGAAAUCGUUUGGUGGACAAGACGUCAAAACUACGUGCAGCACCACUGGCAGUGGGCUAUUAUCCUUUUCGAAUACUGCCUCAGUUGGUUUUGCAGCGAGCAUGGUCUACCAUGGUCUACUGUAUGAACUGGUAACCAUCGCGAUGCCUUCUCGCUUUCGACAAUCUUACUGUCCAUGUUCACCAUCGCCGUGUUCAUGUUAAUAACAUGAUGUUAUGAUCCCCGGUGUAUUCUGCCGAGUCCCGAAGGAGCAAGAGGAGCAUCUAUAGUACCGUGGUCGACUUGACUUACUUCCCCUACCCAACCGCAGCUGUCUUCUGUCUGCCGUGUAAACCCUGUUCUGGUGGUUCAUUACCCUCCCUGUGCUUCUCGUAGCAUAUAUCGUGCGAUGUCAUCACCUGUGCAUAUGUUAGAGCUGCCUGGGGUCUAUAUCGUCCUCUUUGUAGCAGUUGUAUUUCUUCCCCUAUCAUUUUAUGCCCUUUUUUCUAUUUUAGGUAUUAUAUCUGGCCCCGCUCUUUGCAUUAUCUACCUUUCUCUCUCGUUGUAGUAGUAGCAGCCACAUAUCUCUGAUGUCGACGGGGUUAUAGCCUCACUGUCUCUGCAGGUGCUUCUGAGCCGGCUAUUGUACGUUUGAGGGCGAUCGGCUGCUAGCCCGUAAAGCCCGGCAAUAAGCAUUGCGUUGCGUUGCGUUG